AAUUAAGAGAAAAUCCUGAUAAUGAGGAAAGGGCCGAAAGGCCCGCCUCCUCGAUUGGUUGGUUGCAGUCCGACGGAAAACAACUUGCACAAGAAGAAAAUAGCGUUAUUUCAGGACACAGCCACGUCACUGGGUUUGCUGUUGAAUCCGUCGUCGAGCCGUGGGAUUCGCGCGCUCCAGUUGGCUUCAUCUCCUCAUCGCUUCACUCCAUUUCCCAUUUUCAACUUCAGAUUUCCAGGGCAAAGGAGAGAAACCCUAAAACCAGAGAGAACAACCGAUGGGGAAUUGGUUCGACAAAGAGCCACCACCGCCGGUGGUGCUGGUUCCGCCUCUCUUUGAUUUCCCUCCGUUGGCUGCCCGCACCAGGUUCAAUUCACUCAUCGUUUGAGAGUCACCCCUUUUCCCAUUUUCUACUUUUCAAAGACUUUUCAAUUUCGUAUGCAAAAUUUUAACUUUAUUUUGCUUUUUCGGUUGGGCUCAUUUUCUGUGGACUAUUAAUCAAGUUUAGUGUUGAUGCAUAGUGUGACGUUGAAGUGUGUAUUGGACUAUUGGGGCACCAUAAGUAUGAUUUAUUCCUACACCUGACAUUCAAAAGUUAUGUAAUUUUUGGGUGAAUGAUGAUGUUGUUGUGUAUGUUUAUUGCAAAAUGAGUAUAGGGAUUUUGAGAUUGAAGCCUUUUGCUUACCCCUUACAGUAAGGUGAUUCAGCAUCUGCUAUUCUGUUUGAUUACACUGGUAUUACUCAGAAGUUUUAUUAUGAUGCUCAUAAGCCAAGAAAUUUUAUUCUUCAUGAAGUGGGGUCUCAACUUUGGAAGCAAUAAAUUUCAUAUUCUUUG